AAAUCUGCAUUUCUCACCUCAGUGAGAGAAGUGUGAUCAAGACCGCUUUUAUUUCCUAUCAGACAACAAGCGAAUAUACUUCUACAGCUCUUGGAUGCAGUUCUAAACAAAUAGGACUGUAUGGAAUCACAGCCUGGGUGACUAAACUUUUUAUGAAGUUCUGAAAAGUUUUAUCAAAACUAUAAGAAGAAGGAAUGAUGGAGACUCAACUUGUUGGUGACCUAUUAUCCUAGCCCAGACAUUUACUGUCCUGGAAGUUCUACCUACCUCUGUGAUCAGUGAGAAAUGGCGUCACCUGUCUCCUACUCCAUACAAGCCACUGCGGUUAUAGCAGCAAUCAUCACCUUCCUCAUCCUUUUCACAAUCUUUGGUAACGUCUUGGUGAUAAUAGCGGUUCUGACAAGUCGAUCACUGAAAGCUCCUCAGAACCUGUUUUUGGUGUCACUGGCUGCAGCAGAUAUCCUUGUGGCCACACUCAUUAUUCCCUUCUCCUUGGCUAACGAACUGAUGGGAUACUGGUACUUUGGGAAUACUUGGUGUGAGAUGUACUUGGCACUUGAUGUUCUUUUUUGCACGUCAUCCAUAGUGCACCUAUGUGCUAUCAGCUUGGACAGGUACUGGUCGGUCAGCCAAGCCAUUGAGUAUAACUCCAAGAGGACUCCUAGGAGGAUAAAGUGCAUAAUCUUAAUAGUCUGGACUCUGGCAGCCUUAAUUUCCUUGCCUCCACUGAUUUACAAAGGCAAGAAGGAGGACCAGAGAAAAGACAAACCCCAGUGUAAGUUGAAUGAGGAACCCUGGUACAUCCUUUCCUCCAGUAUCUGCUCCUUCUUUGCACCCUGCCUGAUCAUGAUUCUAGUAUACCUCCGAAUUUAUCUCAUUGCCAAACGCCGGAGCAUGAAAAACACUAGAACUUUCGGUAAGACUUGUAAAUCAACUGGAAACAGCACUCUGAACAAUGUGGAAAAGUCAGCGGGCCAUACCUGCAUUACUCCACAGGAGAAGCUGGAUUCCGAUCUCCCACGGGUUGUCAGAGUAUCCCUUCCUGCACCCAAGGAGAACAAUGACCAGACCUCAAUCAACAGCAGCUUAAGAGACCCCAAUGGCCUUGGACCUCCUGUUAUGGACACAGUUAUUACAACUAGAGGUAUUAUACUGCUGCCUAAGAAGGCUAAAGACCCCAACAUGACCAAGAAAAAAAGCCACAUCAACCGAGAGAAGAGGUUUACCUUUGUCCUAGCAGUGGUCAUUGGGGUAUUUGUUUUGUGCUGGUUUCCAUUCUUUUUCACCUAUAGCCUUGGGGCCAUCUGCCCUGAACUCUGCUAUAUCCCACCAAGUGUCUUUCAGUUCUUUUUCUGGAUAGGAUAUUGUAACAGCUCACUCAAUCCAGUUAUAUACACAAUAUUCAACCAGGACUUCAGAAAGGCUUUCCGUCGUAUUCUGUGCAGUCACUGGACACACUCUGUUUGGUGACCAGUAAAGCAUGGAGUCCUGACCUCCUCCUGUAUUUAUUAGACAGAUGAGACAAGGAACUAGAUGUAUAGAGAGCUAGAUGUUAAAUAUUCUAACAAACCAAACCCAUCACUGCUGACUUUUACUCAUGUUUGCCCAUGAUGGGAAAUGUCUCCUGCUCCACACAAUAUUUCCAUCCCAAGCUGAGCUUGGUCAAAUAAAGCUGUUUGUGUGAGAUUCAUCUGGUGUUGCAAAUGCUUAUCAAAGUAUUGUGCUCUCACUUUCUGUGACUUACAGUACUCUUGUAGAAUCCUGGCUGGUAGCCUAGUAUAGGGGCUUUCUGUUCCUUCUGUAUACAGUUUUGUUUAAUAUCUGGCAAGCAAAGAGUUGGCUUAAAACUAUGUAACGACGGAUGCACAAUGUGACCUUAUGUAUGCUCUACUAAAACAGACAUUUAUGUUUUUCAUCUUGGAGAUGAUUGUAAAGCUAACAAAAUAUGGUAUUUUAAAAUAAAUGCAUUCGAUACACAAAUAUCGUGCAAAUGGCUCUGUAUAUACAGGCAGAUUAACUAGUGGCAAUAAAGGGUAAUUGGUUACUCUUGUUUGGGUAUAAUGUAAUUUGGAUUUAUUGAGCUUUAGUUCACUCUGGAUUGGGGUGGUCAUUCCGAGUUGUUCGCUCGCUAGCAGUUUUUAGCAGCCAUGCAAACGCUAUGCCGCCUCCCACUGGGAGUGUAUUUAGCUAGCAGAAGUGUGAACGUAAGGAUCGCAGAGCGUCGGCAAAGUUUUUUUUGUGCAGUUUCUGAGUAGCUCAAUACCUACUCAGCGCUUGCGAUGACUUCAGACUGUUCAGUUCCUGUUUUGACGUCACAAACACGCCCUGCGUUCGCCCAACCACGUCUGCGUUUUUCCUGGCACGCCUGCUGCGUCUUUUCGAACACUCCCUGAAAACGGUCAGUUGACACCCAGAAACGCCCACUUCGUGUCAAUCACUCUGUGGCCAGCAGUGCGACCAAAAAGCUUCUCUAGACCAUGUGUGAAAUGACAUCGUUCGUUGUAAUAGUACGUUGCGUGUGCGCAUUGCGCCGCGUGCGCAGAAGUGCCGUUUUUUUUUGCCUCAUCGCUGCACAGCGAACGAAUGCAGCUAGAGAUCAACUCUGAAUGACCACCAGGGAUAUUAUCUUUAAAAACCUAUUCUGCUCUGUGAUUGUACUUUCAUAGCAUCCUCCCCCCACACCACCUUGACCCACCACCAACUCCUCUCCUUAGUUUGUACCGUACAUAUGACAAUAAAAAA